AAAAAUAAUAAAUAUUUUGAACUUGAUUCGAUAGGAUUGAAAGUUUUUAACUCAUUUACCUCAUUUAAAUAACACGGGUUUGUGAAAUUUGCUGAUGUGCUUGCAUAUAUAACUGGGGGUAGCUAUAUAGAAUUUAGGUAGAACACUAAAUUUACUCCGUGUAUGAAAAAUGUGUGAAUCCAGGUGCCGCACGACAUUUCAUCAUAUCAUUUCAUAAAUAAGCAUGCUUUUAAGUGCAUAGAAGAUUUUGUACAUCAUGAAGCGUCAGAAAACAGACUCAGAACUGGAAAUGGAUAUCCAAAUUCAACAAGUACAAAGCAAUAGUGCAAUAAUAAACUCCUUAAAUGCGGACUGCUGGCGUCUCAUCUUGGACUAUUUAUCAGUUAAGGAGCUCCUGCAGACGGAGCUGACAUGCAAAGAUUGGCAAAAACUGGUGCUCGAUCACAUAUCACACCGGCCGAUCGUUAUUCACAGUAUGGAAAUUGACGAAAAUACCCUAAUAUUAAGACAGUCAAGUGAUGCCUGGUGUUCGUUCAAACGUUGGCUGAGGAAGUGUGGCCACUCCGUUCAGGACUUCGACAUGGAUUGUAAGCAUUACAAGGAUGUCGUGGAGACCCUUAGGGACAACUGCCCCAACUUAGUAGGCCUUAAGUUGAGCAGGUUAAAAAAGAAACUGUCGCCGACCGACGCGCUCCACUUCCAGAAACUAACGUGGCUCGUAUUCGACUGCUGCGAUGAGGUCACAGACGAUUGCGUCAGUCAAUUUCUAACAAAUAGCUUAGAGGAAUUACGAAUUACAUAUAACAAGCGAGUCACGGGCAGAUUUCUUAACAAUUUGAAACCCGUUAAUAACAUGAAAAGUCUCGCUCUAAAGCAUUGUAGAGCCUUGAGGUUCCCAUUCCUGCUGUCCGUCGCAGACCGGUUAAGUAAUCUGACCGUACUCGAGUUAUGGAAACGUAAUCGUAGCAAAAUAGAAAUACGGGACAAGCUUCACCUGCUAUUUGAGAAAAUGCCUGAUUUAAGGGAGAUAGAUAUAGAAAUCUACGAUAUGCUGAGAAGGCCGGACGAAGAGCGCCGUCUUACUGAGAGCAAUGUGUUUUUCGAGUCGAUUUGUCGGCUCAAGAGGCUGGGUCGUGUGAAUGCGAACUUCCAAGUGUGGGAUAGCCAUCUGGAGGCUUUGGCGAGCAGUUGUAAGGAGUUGAUGGCGGUGGACUUGAUAUGCAAUCACAUAACGCGGCGCGGUCUGGACGCGCUGUGCCGCCACGUCGGGCCGCGCCUGCUGGAGCUCAACCUGGCCGAGAGUCUGCUCACCGACGACGACGUGGCCGCGUGUGUGUACGCGUGCCCCAAACUACUGUCCCUGGACCUGUCCGACUGCCCGAUGCUGGUGUCGGCCGUGCGGCGCAUCGCGGUGGCGCGGCGCGACAUGCGGCAGGACGGGAAGUACUCCAACGAGACGUUCCUGCGGCUGCCGUUGCCGCUCACCAUGAGCAGGUGGGACUUUUAUGGGGACGCGGACGAUUUCAAGGACGUCGUCGACGUGCGUUUUAACAGCGACGGUUAUUCCAGCGUCGAACGUCAAUACUGAACCACCUGACCACAAUUUAUCGUCUUAUUUAUGACCCUUACGCCAAAGACAUAGAGAAAUAAAUUAGCAUAGAGUGCUGACUCAAUAAAGCCUGACCAGUAAUAUAUGAUCAUUGUCAAGAGGGCGCUAUUAUUGUCAUGUAUAGGGUGACAAACCAGUAUAGUAAGAAAAAAUUAGGUCCAGUCUUAGAGCAUUUAGUAACUGGAGGCGCGCCUUGGCUGUCAUUUUCAGUAAACAGUCUGCCGAUUUUUGCGGGGGAGGGGCACGUCAAAUGUAUGGCUAUUUCUACGUGAUUUGUACGUAAGGUAGAAAUAGCCAUGUCAGAUAAACGUCAGCCCAUACAAAAGUUUGCACAAUUGUGGUAAGCUCUUAAAUGCGACUCCGGUUAUUAAAUGCUCUAAGGUUCCAUCAGUGAAAUUCCGCAACAUGGUGCUUGAUCGUAUAUUACUGGUCUGGGUUUACAUCAGUUUUGUUACCAAAACGACUUUUAUUUUCGUAGUCGACAUCUAGCGUCAAGUAGCGGAAUUAUCAGUACUGCUACUCGACACUAGAUGUCACGGAUGUCGCGACUUACGAAAAGUGUAUUGAUAAACAAUUACUAAUAUAACAAGCAGAAGGAGUUGAAAAUAGAGUUCCGGUUAUAAUAUCAGCUGAAAAGUGUUGAGCAUUAAACUGUCAGUUCGUAGCGACAUCUAUUGUCGUGUAGCAGUACUGAUAAUUUUGCUACUUGACGCUAGAUGUCGACUACGAAAAAAGGGCUGAUUUAGACGGCGCGUGAGCUCGCAUGCGAUUUUAGUUACAUUGCGGACUGUUGGUUACGUCCAAUUCAACCGACCGAACAAAACCCGCAAUGUAAUGAAACUCGCAUGCGAGUUCUCGCAUCGUCUAAAUGAGCCCUAUAGUCGUU